UCGUCCCAGGCCACCGUUCAGUGUUCACGCUCUUCGAGGUACCUCUACGGACCCAGAUAAAGAUGACAUGAGAGGAGAGGAAGAAACCGAACAAAACAGAGGGAAUAUCGUGGCAGAAGAUUAGAAAUUAAAAAACUAAUAUCCUCCCCACUUCCACUCUCCUCGUCUGCAAAUUGCAUCCAGCAAAGACAUCUCAUCCAAUGCCAAAAUCCAACAAGAUCUCCAGACACGUACUCUUUAUUGCAUUUGACACAGCUCAAUCAAAGCAUUUCCACCUUUAGGCUCGCCAUCAGCAUCAUUUCAUUCUUUUUAAGCGUGCUAUUCGGAAGAUCCUCUUCAUCUCAGUGUUAGUGAUUGCUAAGGCAAAUGGGUAGCAUAUCACUUUCCUCCCUUAUCCUUCUCCUUGUUUUGCUCUGCUUCCAAUCGAUUUUUCUUACAGUGAAAGCAUCAUCAGAUAAGGUAUAUAUUGUUUACUUGGGAGAAAGGAAGCAUGAUGAUCCGGAGCUCGUCACGGAAUCGCACAGUCGAAUGCUCACUUCUGUUCUUGGCAGCAAAGAGGAAGCACUCAGAUCCAUCGUCUACAGCUAUCGACAUGGAUUCUCUGGUUUUGCAGCGAAGCUGUCGAAGUCUCAAGCUCAGAAAAUUGCAGAAUUGCCAGAGGUGAUAAGCGUGAAGCCAAGUCGGACGGGGAAACUGCUGACAACGCGCAGUUGGGACUUCCUCGGCGUCAACUAUUUCGAAUCUUCCGGCUUACUGCACAAGGCAAACUACGGCGAGAAUAUCAUCAUUGGAGUCAUAGAUUCAGGUGUGUGGCCGGAGUCGAAGAGCUUCAGCGAUGACGGCUACAGCCCGGUGCCGACGCGGUGGAAGGGGAAGUGCGUGCCCGGCGAAGCUUUCGACGCCCACAACUGCAGCCGCAAACUCAUCGGCGCCCGCUACUACACGCGUGGAGUCGCCCCCGAGCUCUUGCAGGGCGUCUACCUCUCCGCGCGCGACUCCAAUAUCCACGGGACGCACGUCGCCUCCAUCGCGGCUGGCAACGUUGUGCCCAACGUCGACGUGGUCGGGAUGCCCGCUGGCGCCGCCCGCGGCGGCGCUCCCCGCGCGCGCGUCGCGAUGUACAAGGCUUGCUGGGCUGGCGGCACGUGCGUCGAGGCCGCCGUGAUCAAGGCCAUCGACGACGCAAUCCACGACGGGGUCGACUUGAUCUCGAUGUCGAUUAGGGGGCUCGGGUACCCCUUGGAGACGCUGCACGCGGUGAUGAAGGGGAUCCCGGUGAUCCUCGCCGGCGGAAACGACGGCCCGACGCCGAUGACGGUCACCAACGAGGUGCCAUGGGCGAUCACAGUGGCAGCAACGACCAUCGACCGCUCUUUUCCGACGGCCUUUGCCCUUGGAGACGGCCAAAAACUAAUGGGACAAUCAUUGUUCAGAAACAGGACGAAGAAUCUUGAAUUAGUAGCCCCAGACUGCUCCAACGGGACACUCGAAGGCCUCAAGGUAAAGGGAAAAAUGGUAUUUUGUUACGAUCCUUUCAACUCGGAAGGCUUCCUGCCGACGAAGACGCUGCCGGAUGCUAUCUCUGCAGUGUUGGAUAAGGGAGCCAAAGGGCUCAUCUUUGCACAGUAUCCUUUCAAUCACAUCGAAGAUCUUGCCCCAUGCGUUCUUGCACGCAUUCCCUGUAUUCUGGUCGACUUCGAGAUCGCACAACGCAUCUCAGAUUACUUAGACGGCUCAAGGACUCAGCCGGUAGUGAAAAUAAUGCCGACGCAAUAUUCGAUCGGCCGAGAGGCGGCACCUAGGGUCACGUCAUUCUCUUCGAGAGGACCAAGUGCAAGGCAACCUGAGAUACUCAAACCCGACAUAGCUGCGCCGGGAAACGCUAUAAUUGGAGCGUGCGAGGAUAAGUUUGUUGUCCUUUCAGGAACAUCCAUGGCCGCUCCUCAUGUCUCUGCUGUAGUUGCAUUGCUCAAGGUCAUCCACCCCCACUGGUCUCCCGCUGCAAUCAAAUCAGCACUAGUCACUACAGCGUCCGUGACUGAUGCGCACGGAAUGCCGUUGGUGGCUGAGGGAAUUCCUCGUAAAUUGGCUGAUCCUUUCGACUUCGGUGGAGGCCAAGUGAACCCAAACAAAGCUGUGGAUCCAGGCCUCAUCUACGACAUUGACCCACGGUACAACUAUGGAAAAAUCAGUUGCAACAAAGGUGUAUCCAUUGAUGCAAACUGCCCGUUCAAGUUCAACGAACCCUUGCACAAUCUCAAUCUCCCCUCCAUUGCACUCCCUUACCUGAAGAAGGAGCUCAUCGUGACGCGCACAGUCACCAACGUGGCCGAUGAUGCACGUGCAGUGUACAAGGCCAUCGUAGAGGCCCCGGCAGGUGUAAGAAUGGUGGUGCAGCCGUCGACUUUGGUGUUUGAUGCAAAUGCGAAGGUGAAGACCUUCAACGUGACCUUCACCGCAAUCCAUAGGGUGCAGGGAAUCUACCGCUUUGGGAGCUUAGCUUGGCACGAUAGCGCUGCUCAUUUUGUGAGGAUCCCCAUUGCAGUGCGUACGGUGAUUGAGGAUUUGUAUGCCGACACUUCUUAAGGGCUACACAUCGUUGUGUUUCUGUGUGAUGUGAUAAUUACCGCUAGUUCUUAGCUCCUCGAUCCCAACUACUUAUGACUUGUUAUCCGUGAAGUAGAAUAAAAGUUUAGUAUUAAGUUAUGGGAA